AUGUGCCAGAUCAACAGCUUCAUCAACAUUGGCAUCCUCACACACGAUGAACGGAAUAAGUGUGCAUCCUGCUAUAGGCAAUUCAACAGAAAGGAGCACCUAGUGGAACACAUGAGGACCUCAUACCACUCGGUUCAUGAGCCCAUUUGUGGAAUUUGUGGAAAACGCUCUCGAUCAUUUGAAUCUCUUCGAGAACAUCUUAUAGGACCUUUACCAAAGGCAGAAUGUGAAAGGGUGUUUCGCGAGCGUGGUUGUGACUUAUGCUUAAACAUCUUUGGCAGUCGCAAUGCUCUCAGGGUUCACCGAGAUACAUGCCAACUAUCAUAUGGAUAUAAUGCUGUACUAUACCGAUUUGCUAACUUAGGCAUCCAAGAUGACCUAAGAAUCGAUAACGGGAAAUCAAGAGCUGUUGCACUUGCUUGCAAGAUGGUUGGUGGUGGUAGUGAUGGUUCUUUGGAUCUUUGUGCAAAAAUUUGCAUCAUUGAUGAAUAUGAGAAUAUAUUAUUCCGGUCCUAUGUCAAACCAUACCUUCCUGUUACACACUACAGGUAUGAGACAACUGGCAUUCGGCCCGAAUACCUCAGGGAUGCAAUGCCGCUUAGACAAGUUCAAAGAAAGAUUCAAGAUUUCUUGUGCAAUGGAGAACCCAUGUGGAAGAUCCGCCCAAGAGGUGGGAAAGCAAGGAUUCUUGUAGGUCAUGGUUUGGAUCAUGAUCUUAAAUGUAUGGAGUUGGAGUACCCUGCAAUUAAAUUAAGAGAUACAGCAAACUAUCCACCCUUAAUGAAGACUAGCAAACUCAGCAACUCACUUAAGUAUCUUACAAAAGCAUACCUCGGGUAUGAUAUUCAAGUUGGGAUACAAGAUCCUUAUGAAGAUUGCGUUGCAACGAUGAGGCUUUACAGGAGGAUGAGAUCACAAGCCCAUAGAAAUGAGAACUAUCCGCUUGCUUCGGACCCACAAAAUAAGAAUAACUUUGCUUCAUGGAGACAAAGUGAGCUUGAGAGGAUGACUCCUGAGGAACUGUUGGCAAUCUCAAGGUCCGAUUUCUAUUGUUGGUGCCUAGACGGCAAAGACUAUGUUUAA